CACGCGACCUUCCCUUUAAUGCUUCACCUGGCCGCACCUGGAGCGCCGCCGGUCUGCUGGAGUUUCGCAAUAGAAACCCCGCAGUACGCGCUCUCGUGGUCAUUUUAGUAUUUCCUCCUUUACGAUGAAUACAGAGCUCGUGAGAAAUGUAAAGUUUGAUGUUGACAAAGGGCUCUGAAUCCGGACAUUGAGAGUACUUUAGCCUGACAUGUUGGGACACACAAUCAGGAACUAACCAAACUGCGUGACUGGGAGGAAGUCCAACUGCAGCGAAAAGGCACAGACGUUACAAAAUGACUGAAAUCCCGUCUGUGAGUGCGAAUCCAGAUGAACAAGUACCCCAGCCCAUCGGAGUCAUAGUGGAGCCCAAGGCUCAACUGAAGAACGGGCUGGAGGAAGAUGAGAAGAAGCAGGAGGCAUGGGACGAGGAGCAAUGCGUCUCCUCUGCCAGGUUUGAGCCCAGCACCCUGCCCUGCCGGGGGCCCAAAGAAAUGGCGGAUAAGGAACAAGAAGGAAGUGUACUCCUUGGUAAGGAAGGGAUGCUGGAAAAGAAAGCAACAGAGGAGGACAGGGGGAGCCUAGAUUCUGGGUCUAUACACGUAGGUCAGGAGAGCAGGACGGAGAGCGAGAGGGAGCUGGGCCUGAAGCAGAGGCUCCUGUCAGACGGCUGGCAUGAGAAAGAGAGGAAGCUGGGGAUGGACAGCCGGGAGAAGGGCGAUGGCGGCACGGGGGAGGGGGGCGACGCGGGCAGCCGGAGGAACAGCAUGCCCGAGAAGGCCGCUCAGGUGUUCGACCCCAACGUCACCAUCCUGCAGCUCUCCAAGCAACGGCACACCCUGGGAGACGACUGCCCCCUGCUGGCAGACGAAGGAGCGUAUCACGCCUGCCAUGGCUCCCAGGGGGCUCCGUCAGAUUGCUAUUACUAUGACAGAACGGACAAGCCGUACAUGUCCUACAACAGCCAUGUGCGCAGCACUAUGAAAGCCGCGGCGGCGAUGAUCAUGGCGGCUCUGAUCUUCCCGGUCCUCGUGUGGGGUGGUUAUGCCUUCUUGCCCUUUGAUGCCCCGCUGCUCAGUACUGCCCCUGAGAGGCUGGUCUACACGUUGCGCUGCUCGGUCUUUGCAAUCGUCCCUAUUGUCAUGGGUAUUCUGGUUCUGGGUGUGUCCCAACUACGGUUCUGUUAUGUGGAACCGAUGUAUGAAGGUCAUGUGGAGCCCAGGGCGGUGGCCGUCCAUCGGCACUACAUCCACGACUCCAUCUCCCUUUUCUUGCUCUACUUCCUGCAGUUGGCUGUCAUGGCAACUUACUUGAGUCAGAAGUGUCUGAAGCUGGUGCCUUUGCUGACCAUUAUGUUUUCUUUGGGCAGGCUGGUCUACUGGCUGUUGGCAGCUCUGGGCGGAAAUGGCGCCCGUGGCAUCGGGUUCGGCAUGUCCUUCCUGCCCGUGCUGGCCAUGCUGGGGGCGAACUUGUACUUCAUCUUCACGGUGGAGGCCGGGGGGAGCAUCUUCGCUGUGGAACCCCUGCCCGAAUCGGCCGAGGCCCCCCGCCAGCGUUUCUGGGGCUAAAGCACAGGAGCAUCGAGCCCCUGGAGAGAGAUGGGAGAAUUUAGCCACACGACUCUUCCGGUUUCCUGGGCUUUUGGCUCCACAGGGGUGAGAUGCGGCCCACUGGACAAUCGCAGAACCGGAAAGUGAAUACAGAAUACAAGAGUGAUGGUGGAUCUGGAACUAUUUUCUCCAUGUGGAAAUUGCUUAGUGCUGUACGAUUUGCAUUUGUAAAAUUACUGCAUCUGGGGGAAUCUGCUGCAUUAGGGCUGUUAUGUAUCACAUGUGUGACAGAAACUGGACACUCCUGGACUGUAAUUACACACCCUGAAGGAUAUUGCUUCCUCUCUCCUGUGGUUUCUGUUAAUUGAUAUUUAAGAUGAGAUGUUUUCAAAGAGAUGGGAAGUGUGGUCCUUUUUGGGGAAACCACUAAUUUCUAAUUUUAAGUGUAAGACUGUACAGUGACGUAUCCAGCCUGUCAUUCGGGUCUUCUGUUCUCGUGUGUCUUUCUUUUCCAUGAAAUUCAGCAAGUCUGAAUCUGUUAUAAAUAAACAAAUCUGUGGAUGGGGAAAAAUGCUUUAACCCAUUUCAUGCCACUGAAUGAUCAUCAAAACAGUGCAAUAAUCAAAGAAAUUGACAUGUAGCAACAAUUCUGCUAUAUUGAGCAUUUUUGUUAUUGCAUGAUUGCCGCCGCUGCCUUUGUUCUAUAUUCUGUAUUUUUGUUUACUUGAUCAUUUUUUUGCAUAUGUAAUGUUGCGCUUUAGUAUAUAUAAGAACUGAUUAAAAUGACUGAAAUAUU